ACUAAAUGAAGAGGGCUUGACUUCCUCAUUGUGUCAAAUAACUCAAUUUUAACUAUCAAAGUUUGGUCAUUAGUCUAGUUAAUGGUGAUUUAACUGGAGCAAGGAUAAUUUGGGAAUCAUAAUUUCUGUUUAAGAAUAUUUUUUUUUAAUUUAUCGAAUAAUGUUAAUGUGAUGUGUCACUAAGUUUGAUGAGAGAUUAAGGUUAACAAGAAUAAGCAGAAGCAGACAAAAUGACAUCAAGUAACGCAGCUGGUAGGCCUCCUAUACAGAAAAAAUUAGUAAUAGUUGGAGAUGGUGCCUGCGGUAAAACAUGUCUACUUAUAGUAUUUAGUAAAAAUGAAUUCCCUGAAGUCCAUGUACCAACAGUAUUUGAAAAUUAUGUAGCUGAUAUUUAUGUAGAUAAUCAACAUGUUGAAUUAGCAUUAUGGGAUACAGCCGGUCAAGAAGAAUAUGACAGACUACGACCUUUAUCUUACUCCAAUAAUAACGUUAUACUAUUGUGUUUUAGUAUUGAUAAUCCAGACAGUUUCCAAAAUGUUUCUGAAAAAUGGAAGCCUGAAGUUGCUCAUUACAUGCCCCGUGUGCCUAUAAUACUUGUUGCCACCAAAAAAGAUUUACGCGAAGAUCGUAGUGUUAUUAGAAGUUUAGCACAAACAGAUCAAAAGCCAAUCAGCCAACAAGAUGGCUUAGCGAUGAAGGAUAAAAUUAGUGCUUAUGCUUACUUAGAGUGUUCCUCAAAAACAAGAGAUGGCGUGAAAGAAGUAUUUGAAACAGCAACCAGAGCAGCACUUCAAACAAAAAGACAAAAAAAAAAACCCAUAUGUGUUGUUUUGUAA